AUGGCAAAGAGUUUAGCCAUAGCAUCCCUCCAAAUUCUCAGCCUACUUUUACUAGCAAGCUCGGGACAAUCAAGGGCAUUGUUCACAAAUUUGACGGUGUACGUCCAUGAAUUUCGAAGUGGAGAAGGUCAGAGUAUUUUCCCAGUUGCAGGUCUCUCCAACGUAACUUGGGGCUUUAACCAAUUUGGAACUGUUUUUGUCGUUGAUAAUACCUUGACACAAAGCGUUUCAGUCAAAUCCGCACUAGUUGGUUGUUUGCAGGGCAUUGCUGCAGUAGCAUCCCUUGAUAACACCAACAUAGAGCUUGCGGAAACGUUUCUGUUCACUGAUGGAAAGUACAAUGGCAGCACUCUGGAAAUGAAAGGAAUUCUUAUACAGUCUAUGCAUGUCAAUGAAGUUGCAAUUGUGGGAGGAACCAAACAAUUUCGGCAUGCAACGGGGUAUAUUACCUUUGAGACUGUCCGCACAACAGAAGAUUAUAUUACUGCGUCGCCGAUACGGGUGCGGCCUGUUACAACAUACAAGGGUGAGGCUGCCGUUAUAUUUUCAAAGGAGGAUGCAGACAGGUUGGCCGCUCCUUUCCGCUGGACAUUGGUGGGGAAAUUUUCGCAUGGGCGUCCAACAUUGGAGGACAUCCGAAAGUUCCUUGCUUCACUGAACUUGCGUGACCAUGUUACGGUUGGUUUGAUGGACUAUCGCCAUGUACUAAUCAGGUGCAAGGCUGAGUCUGAUUUCACUAGGCUAUGGACACGAAGGAUUUGGCACUUGGGAAGAUAUCCGAUGCGUGUAUUUCGCUGGACAAGGGACUUCCAUGUCCAUAAGGAAUCACCUCUGGUUCCCGUUUGGGUGAACUUGCCAGCUUUGCCGAUACAUUUUUUUGACAAACACUCGCUAUUUUUCAUCCUUUCUCCAGUGGGUCAGCCAUUGUUUUUGGAUGCCGCAACGUCGGCAGGCACACGCCCAAGCGUGGCCAGGGUUUGUGUGGAAUUGGAUUUGUUGAAACCCAUCUGCUCGCGGGUAUGGGUGGCAGUGGAGGGUGAGUCUGGAUUUUGGCAGCAGAUCGUUAUAGAGGACUUGCCUUCAUAUUGUACAAAAUGCUGGCGGUUGGGACAUGCGGUUGGAGAUUGCAAAAGGAAUGAUGAGGAGUUUGCUGCCCGUCGGGUGCGACAUACGGUCGCUUCUCGUGCGCCUCAAGCUGUCGCUGAUGCUAAGGCGCAGGUGGAGACCUCUGCUAUGGAGACCCAUGCGGCUCCAGCGAAGGGGGCUAUGGUAGUUGCCACGGAGGGGGAAGGACUGGGCCAAGGGCCUACGCGCGAGCUUGAGCGAGCAGUGGAGGAAUUGCAGCAGCUUGAGGCGGCGGAGUGCGGGACACAAUCUGCUGGAGUUGGGCAGUCUGCUGGGCCCGAGGUCAUGAUGCGUGGGGAGACAAGUGCUGCAGAUGGGAGCCUGACCAUGGGGAAGGAUGAGGAGUCAGUUGAGCAUAAUAGGCAGCAGCGUGGGAUGCAAAAUGAGAGCUUUAUCAUGGAGCUCGACAAGGAGCUAGAUCAGGCCGAGGGGCAGCAGCCGUUGCUGCCUGAACAGCUGGGAAGUGUUGAUGAGCAGCCUUUUCGACCAGUGGAUACCGGCCUGGACAGGGAGGAUGGAUAUUCUUCGCAGUUGGUUAGGGAGGCAGGUGCAGAGGAGGGGGAGAUUGCAGAGAUAUAUGUUGAGUUGCCUCCCAUGGCGGGCAAUUUGUCUCCGAGGAUGACUGUGAGACAGGAAGGUGUAGCGGAGGCGUCGGUCCAGGCUUUAAAUAUAGAUACAGUCACUAAGGGUGUGGAGGGUUUUAAGCCAGGGCGAGGAAAAGGUAACUCAAGCCAGCACAUCUCCCUUUCUAUUCAACAUCCCUUGCUCCCUGAUCCUAUUAUUUUUUCAUUUUUUCAUGCCAAAUGCUCCUUGGAGGAGCGAAGCGACCUAUGGCAAAAUCUUCUUGCGGACAAGCCUAGCUCCCUUCCAUGGUGUAUUGGAGGGGAUUUUAAUGUCAUUAUGGCACCCCAUGAAAAAUGCGGGGGCCGGCCGUUUGGUGUUCGGGAGGGGGUAGAACUUAUGUCUUUCAUGGAGGCGGCUGGUGUUUUUGACGUGGGUUUCUCAGGAUCCAAUUUUACGUGGUGCAACAAUAGGAGAGGCAGAGCUAAAAUUUCGAAGCGAUUGGAUAGAGUGCUAAUCAAUGGGGAGUGUGCUGAGGUCUCUUCCAGCAUCUCUGUUGAGCAUUUAGCAAGACAUCCGUCAGAUCAUGCACCGCUACGGAUUUCUUUUGCUACUCGUUUAGACAGCAAACCGAGGCCAUUUCGGUUCUUGAAUGUUUGGUUGUCUAGGGCAGACUUGUUGGAAGUCAUUCGAGGAGCCUGGGAUAGACCAGUGCAGGGAGCCCCUUUGCGUGUGUUGUGCCAGAAAUUAAUGGCGUCAAGACGGGCUAUCCAAGACUGGAACAAACUCACUUUUGGCAAUAUCUUUGAGAAGGUUCGGGUGGCAGAGGCUGCGGUUUGCAGGACUGAAAUAGAGGUGGAGGGCAAUGCCUCUGAGAUGGCGCAAAAUGUUCUUCAUCAGGCUCAGGCGGACUUAAGCCUAGCACUAGUCAUCGAGGAGCAAUUUUGGAGUCAAAAGGCCCGAGUGAAGUGGCUCCAUAGUGGGGAUAGGAACUCCAAGUUUUUUCAUGCGGUGGUGAAACAAAGACGGAUUCAGAGCGCCAUCCAUCGGAUUAAAGAUUCGCGGGGCGCCUGGGUGAAUAGGGAUGAGGACAUAGCAAACGAGACAAUUGCGUUCUUCUCGGGCCUAUUUUCUGAACCUACUGUUUUUGCAUCGGAUAUGCUACACUUGAUUCCUCCCUUGAUCACGGAGGAGGAGAAUAAGGCUUUGGAGGAAGUCCCAUCCAUGGCAGAGGUUAGACGAGUGGUUUUUGCAAUGGAUGGGGAGAGUGCUGCGGGACCGGACGGAUUCACGGGUAAGUUCUUCACGUUCGCUUGGGAUGUCAUUGCUCAAGAUAUUUAUAAUGUGGUGCUGAGUUUCUUCUGUGGGGCUGAGUUGCCUAAGUUUAUUACCUCCACUUCCAUUGUGCUUAUCCCUAAAGUGGCAAAUCCCCAGGAUUUUUCGAUGUUUAGGCCGAUUAGUCUUUGUAACUUUUUUAAUAAGGUGCUAUCUAGACUUUUGGCUGACAGGCUGUCUGCCAUUUUACCGAAGAUUAUCUCCCCCCAGCAGUCAGGUUUUGUUAAGGGUAGGAAUAUCACGGAGAAUUACUUGCUGGCCCAGGAGGUGCUGUCGGGUAUUGGCAAGGCCUCGAGAGGGGGUAAUGUUGCGUUAAAAUUAGACAUAUCUAAGGCAUACGAUAGGGUGUCAUGGACUCAUAUUGUGAGCGUAUUACGGCGGUUUGGUUUUGGAGAGCAAUUCAUAGACAGGUUGUACCAUCAAUCCUCGGGACAACUGGUUAAUGCUCAAAAGAGUGGGUAUUUGGUGCAUCCGUCGUUGCCUCCGUCUCGACGCAGAGUGAUUGAGCGGAUCACGCAGUUUGCCAGGAAUUCAUUUCCAAUUCGUUACUUGGGAUUUCCCCUAUACUUAGGUCGGUGUAGAUCGUCGUAUUUUGGGGCAGUCAGCCAAGCUAUCAUAGGAAGGGUGUUGUCGUGGAAGUCGAGGCUUCUCUCUCCAGGUGGAAAGUUGAUACUUAUCAAACAUGUCCUUGCGUCUGUUCCUGUUCACUUGCUUUCGGCAGCAGUGGUACCUAGCUCGGUCUUCUCGAUGAUAGAAAAGGUUUGUGCAAAUUUUCUAUGGGGCUCAAUGGCGGAAAAAUCAAAGUUCCACUGGAUACGAUGGUCUCAGCUAUGCUACCCCGUGGAGGAGGGUGGGGUAGGUUUUCGAAGACUUCGGGAUGUCUACAGAGCCUUUUCAUGUAAGUUGUGGUGGGGGUUUCGGACUGGAGCUUCACUUUGGGCGUCUUAUAUGCAAGCUAAGUACUGUAGGGAGCAGCAUCCUUGUCAAGUGCCUCUCAGAGUAUCUGUUACGGCUACUUGGAGACGAAUGUGGUAUGUUAGUCAGCAGGUGGAGCUAUCAAUGUUAUGGCAUAUUAAUGGGGACGCCUGUCACUUUUGGUACGACAAUUGGGUAGGCAGUGGUGCUUUAUCUCUCAGCUCGACAGUCAUCCCCGAUCUCUCCUUUGGGGACUUUAUCACAAAUGGAACAUGGGAUGCCCAGUUGCUAUCGCGGGCCUUACCACCAGGGAUCAUUCCCUUAAUCUUACAACAUCCCAUACCUGACGGUGGUCGCGCAGCUGAGCCUGUGUGGAUGCCAUCAACAUCUGGGAAAUUCACGCUAGCGUCGGCUUUUGGGGAGGUUCGUCAAGCCUGCAACACUUCUGCGGUUCUAUCACACGUCUGGCAUCAUCGGAUACCGUUGAAGAUUGCCAUGGAAAUCUGGGGAUAUUUUGGGGGUGUGUGUGGCGUGGCUAGUACAGGAUCCUUACUGCGAGCUCGGAUGGCGGCAUGGUGGAAUAAAGCCAUUUUUGAAGAUAAACCCUUGCAGUCGGCAGAUAUUGUUCGGGCCAUAUUCAAAGAGGUGAAGAUGCUGGUGGAGAUUCAGUUUAAGGGCAAUGUUGGGGUUAAUACGUUUCUUCAGUUGUAUGAAUGGUCCUCUCACCCAGCGCGCACGUUUGGCUUCCAAUUGAUACGUUGGGCAGUUCCAGAGGUCGGGAGGCUAAUGCUGAAUACGGACGGGUGCUCAAAAGGUAACCCGGGUCUGGGCGGUGAUGGUGGUGUCCUACGGGAUUCGUCAGGAAGCCCUCUAUUUGCUUUCUCAGCCUUUCUGGGGGUUACCUCUAGUUUACGGGCGGAGACUAUGGCCCUGUUGAUUGGGCUUCGCGAGUGUGGUCAGAAGGGGUUUGGUAAUGUGGGCAUCCAGCUAGACUCCUUGGUCUUGGUGGGGAUUCUGCGGAAGCAGUUUCAGUGUCCUUGGCAUGUCCGGCGGGAGGUGGGGCAGAUUUGGCAGUUGCUGGGUGAAUCCCCGCGGAUAAUUCAUUGUUACAGGGAGGCGAACAAUGUUGCUGAUAUUCUAUCUAAUGUGGGAGUAGCUCACCCUGAGCAUAAGGUUAGGGUUUAUGACCACAUCCGACUGAUUCCAUAG